AUGAUAGUGUUAAAGCAUGGUGGAAGGCAAAAGUCGGGAAGAACGGGUCCUAGCGAACUUUCGUCAUCAUCAGAUAUAAUCAAGUGCAAAGUUAUUGGAUCAGAAACUUCAUCUCCAACCGUCUCUAUGCGUUCGGAGUUUCUAUGCUCAUUUGAAAAAAAAUAG